CUAGCUCUCGAAAACUCGAGCAACAAUGAUGUCAUCGGCGCUAGGAAAGUACAAGCUACUGCUGCAGUAACAAAUAAUCAUGUAGCUAAGUGCUAUUACUGUGGCGUUGCUGCCCCAGCUUGAGGACCAGCACAAUGAGCUCAGCGAUCCCGCGACACCCCGACUCGUUCACACGCAGUUUGGUUAUUUGGUUGCAGGAAAAGUCCCCGUACAGUCUCCCCAUGAACUUCAGAGUACCCCUGUUUCUUUGUUUUGUCAAGAAUGUAAAACAGACUUAAAUUCUAAUGUUAUUCAGUUCUGGAAAUCUGAGGCUGUACCAGAAAUAUAUCCUGAGCACCCCACGUCUGAACAAAAAUAUUGUGAGGAAUAUUUUAAUGAAACGGUUCAACUUGUUGACAAUAAAUUUGAAGUCUCAAUGCCUUUAAAGAUUCCAAUUUACGAUGUAAACAAUACUUUAGGGAAUUCUCUAGUUCUCGCUAUGCGCAGAUUUUUGAAUUUAGAGAAAAGGCUCCAUAAAGAUGAAGCUUUGUUCAAAGAAUAUCAAAGUUUUAUUCAUGAAUACAUAGACCUUGGCCAUGCCAGCUAUGUCGAUAUUUCUAGUUACGAUUUUAACAAAGAUGCGGUAUACUUUAUGCCACAUCACCCUGUCAUACGUGAAAAUGCAGUUAGUACUCGUUUACGUACAGUAUUUGACGGAUCUAUGAAAACAACAAAUAAAAUUUCUCUGAAUGAUAUUAUGUUGAAUGGCCCUGUGGUCCAAAACGAAUUAUUCGACACUCUAUUGUUGUUCAGAUUAAAUAAAUAUUUUUUCGCUUGCGAUAUUAGGCGUAUGUUUAGAAAUGUUUUAAUAGAAAAAAGUCAGAGGUCACUCCAAAAUAUAUUAUGGAGAGAUGACCCCCAUGAAUCCAUAAAAUGUUUACAAUUAAACACUAUUACUUAUGGCUUAAAAAACUCAUCUUUUUUAGCAACAAGGUGCUUAAAUGAGUUAGCUUAUAGAUUUAAAAAUGAAUAUCCUUUGGCUGUCCCAGUAAUUCUAAAUGCAACAUAUGUUGAUGACAUAUUGUAUACUCAUAAUGAUUUAAAUGUAAUAAUAGAAACAAAAAGUCAACUUUCACAAUUGUUAUCUAAAGGUAGUUUCUUCUUGCAUAAAUGGUCAGCCAACGAUUCCAGUAUUUUACAGGAUAUUCCGAAGGAACAGAGGUAUUCUGGAGAAAUUAACAUGCAAAAAGAUGUUAAAACGUUAGGGUUGAAUUUUGACGUCAAUUCAGACACUUUUAAAUUUUCCCCCCCGCCUAAGCAAUCUGUCAAGACCAAAAGAGAAAUCUUAAGUUUUAUCAGUAAAUUUUAUGACCCUCUUGGACUGAUUGGACCAAUCUUUGUGCAAGCCAAACAUAUUAUGCAAAAGCUAUGGCUGUCCAAAACAGACUGGGAUUCUAUUCCUCCGCCAGCAUUAAAUAAUAAAUGGCAAUCACUUUAUAAUGACUUAACUAACAUGUCAAGUAUUCAUAUUGAAAGGAAUACAAUGUGUAAAAGUGAACAUCAAACAUUUCAAUUAAUAGGAUUUUCAGACGCAUCCAAUGUGGCAUAUGGUUGUGCAAUUUAUGUGAGAACUAUUGACAUGCAAGGUAAAGUUCAAAUGUCACUAUUAUGCUCUAAGUCACGCAUAAAUCCCAUUGCACCUAAACAGUUAACCAUCCCACGUUUAGAAUUAAACGCUGCGCUUUUACUUGCCAAGUUAGCUUCAAAAGUAUACAAUACUAUUAGUCAGAAACAGAUAGUAAAUGAAGUUCACCUUUACACAGAUUCACAAGUCGUAUUGGCGUGGUUGAAGACCGAUCCAAUCAAAUUAAAAUCUUAUAUUGCGAAUAGAACAAAAUUAAUUACUGAAUGUACUAAUAACUUUAAUUGGUCCUAUAUACAGACAGAUAAAAAUCCUGCAGAUUGCUUGAGCAGAGGAACAAGUCCCUGCGACUUACCAAAUCACCACUUAUGGUGGUCAGGGCCUAAGGAAAUGUCAGAUUGUAAUUAUAAAUUUAAAAAUUGUACUUACCAAUUACCCGAGGACAUUCCUGAAAUUAAAUGUUCACAGAACGAGGCGGUCUGUGCGGCGGUAUCGCUGAGCUCAAAUGGGUCGUCAUUCCUUGAUAAUUUUAUUCACAAAUAUUCUGAUAUUAACAGAAUGAAACGUGUACUUGCAUAUGUCAUUAGAUUUUGUAAUAAUUCUAAACCUAACUCGGCCAAAAUUAAAGAAAACUUUGUUUCCUUUGCUGAGACUAACAAUGCAUUAUCUCUGCUUAUAAAGCACGAACAGCUCAAGUAUUUUUCUAAAGAUUUAAAUGCUUUGCAAAACAGUAUGCAAGUACAAGCUUCUUUAAGAGGGCUUAACCCGUUUAUAGAUGCUCACGGUCUUCUCCGGGUAGGAGGUAGACUGCAACAUUCUGGUUUGCCAUAUAACCAAAUGCAUCAAAUUAUAUUACCUAGGCAAUCUCUAAUUACUUGUAUGAUAAUUGAAAAUGAACAUAACAAGCUUUUGCACGCAAGUCAAAAAUUAAUUUUGUCUAGUUUAAACCAACGUUAUUGGAUUGUCAAUGCUUUACGCUUAAUUAAGAGUGCAAUAUUUAAAUGUAUUACAGAAUAG